AUGGCUCGUUCCCAGGUCUACUGCCUGGAGAGUGAUGAGCCAUAUGUUAAGGUCACGGAAUCGAACCCUGAAUUUUAUUACAGUGAGGGUCAGCGACUGGCCCUUGAUGCCCUCCUGACUGGAGGUGAGGAGGCCUUUAAGAAGUGCCUCUCCCAGGAGAAGCUGCGUCCCUUUUUGUCUGAUGGGGAGCUGCAGGAACUGAAGGCUGCACCAGAAGACUCAACUGCACCACCACCAGGCCGAGCAGGGAGUGGCAGUGACCUUGGAGACGAAGGAUGGAGUCUUACCUACUGGCCUAAGCAGUCAGAUGUACCUACUCCGGAGCUGGAGCUGGGCUGGCCAGAAGACGGAACUUGGAAAGGGAUUACUCGAGCUGAGGUCUAUACCCACCCUCCAGGAGAGGGAGCGCCACAUAUCAAGGAACUGAUGCGGAAAUGCAUCCAGCAAGCCAACAAGGUAAUUGCUAUAGCCAUGGAUGUUUUCACAGACCCUGACAUCCUCUUAGAUUUGUAUGAUGCAGCCGUCCGGCGCCGAGUGCCUGUCUACAUUGUUCUCAGCCGACAGCAUCUCGCCUCCUUCCUCUCCAUGGCUGAGAAAACCUGCCUUAAUGUCCGUCAUACAGAGAAGCUGAGGGUCAGAAGCAUCCGUGGCUGUACCUUCCAGAGCAGACACCAGAAACAGAUCACAGGGACCAUGAAGGAGAAAUUUGUACUGGUUGAUGGAGAAGUUGUGAUCACUGGCAGCUACAGUUUCACAUGGACCGAUGCCCGCUUAAACCGCCACCUGGUCACUCGGCUUACAGGGGAGGUAACAGAAGCCUUUGACCGGGAAUUCCGGACCUUGUACGCUGCUUCCUGCCCUUUGCCAGCUCUGGAGAUGCCACCUAGAGCCCAGGCUGCUUCUAUGACUCCACUGCCAAGCAUCAAUGGGCCAGACAUGGCUCCAUAUGUCAGCAUCCUGGACGGGGUGCAACUUUCCAACCGCAUUGCAGAGCGGCGCUCUGUGGCUCCACAACCAGUGGCCAAGAGCCGUGCCGGUGACUGGGAUCUAGUGGUGGCCACUCCCACUACUGCAGAGGACCCCAUGCUGCCCGCCCCGUCCCCUGAGGUGUCCAUCCGGAACCGGCUCACAGCAUGGCGUGGUGCAGACCUUAGUGGAGGGGGCCUGCAGGGAACUCCCGAUGGGCACAGCGCCCUCAGCGAUAUCCUCAGGAACGUGCAGCGGAGCCGGCUCUCGGCAGCCAAGACUACAGGAGCCCGUGCUACGAAGUCACUGUGGGAUCUCAGCUGCUUCAGCCAGCUCUCUGGGUCCAGCACCACAGGCUGGGGACGGAACGGGAUGGAUGCGGGUGAAGACCCUAAGAAAUGGGGUUACCAGGACACGCCAGCAAAAGAGCUGAUGAAACAGCGAGGCGUUGGCCAUGCUCCUGAUGAGCCAAGGGUGCCCAUCCACCUGGCCCAUGGACACAUGACCUCUUCCCCUGGCUACUUGCCCCUAGGACGGUUACAAGGACAGCUGUAUCACAAUCCUCCACAUAUCGGGCUAUCCCGUGCUUGGAGGCACCUGGGAAAAACCCAGUACGGACAUCAACCACGGUUCUGA